AAUCCAACAUUAAAUUUCUGUAUUUUUAAUGUCUAUAUGCGAAAUAUGAAUCUUCUAUUCUUAGAAGUUGACACAAGUGGAUUUAUUGCUAUUUUUCUUUUCUUUUUUCCUCCAUGAAAAAAAAAACAAAGGAGUGGAAUUGUUGGAAUAGGGAAAAGGCCGGACAAUUUAACCCGGCCCAUGGAAUCCAUUCCUAUAAAACCCCAACCAACCCAACGUAAACUUGAGAGUUGAGAGAGUAAAUCAGACAACCUGAAACGUAAGCGCAGUAGGUAAACUGGAAAGUAUGGCAACCUCAAAUAGAGAAACAGCUCUAAAUGUGGGUUUUGCAAUCACGUGCCUCAUACAGUUGAUCAUCCCCAUCUUUAUCAUAGUGACAGGCGUUGGGCUAUCCAACUAUUGUGUCGACUUUCACUUCAACAAGCCUUUCAUUGUAAUCGGAAUUGCGAUGCUGGUCAUUGGCCUCAUUGGGUGCAUCGGGUUUGGCUGCAAGGAUGGGAGGGCUGCCAUUGCAUACUUCGUACUCAUGGUUGUUCCCUUGAUAUGCAUGAUUGUUGUUAUCAUUAAAUGGUCAAAAUACACCAGGUACUCAUCGGUCGUCGUCGUCCCAGCAGAGGCGGUGGCGAACCAGCCUGAGGCCGCGGGGGCGGCUUACAUUAAGGAACACCCCCUCGACCACUUCUCCGGCUUCUAUCGCCGCAAGGUUACCAGCGGCAUCUACCAGUGGGAUCAGAUCGCAAACUGCCUCGCUCCCACUAAUGGCUGUGCUUCCUUGGAUCACACCACCACUUACAACUCCUCCCAACAAACUCCAAACCUCACUCCCUUGCAGAUGGGGUGUUGUAUGCCGCCUCCGCAAUGUGGAUACACUUUUGCGAGCCCAACAAAUGGGACAAGGAACAAUAAUAAUGAGACAAAUGUUGAUUGUGCGAGGUGGAACGUUGAUCCGAGUAAACUGUGCUAUUCUUGUGAUUCUUGCAAAGCCGGGGUGCUGGUCACCAUCACCAAGAGAUUCAAAUCAGCAAAUGGCAACUUGCUUAUUACCUUUGUGAUGGCACUCAUUGUUUGGGUUUUUAACAUCAUUUUGGCAUGCAUUGAUCCUCAGGAGUACAAUUGGAAUGAAUGAUCUAUCGUAAUACGGAGUAGUAUAUAACUAUUUAAUAUUAUAUAUACUCUGUAUAAUUUAGAGGUUCUAGACGGCACCCGUUACGGUACCUCAGUACCGUGUCACGGUACCUUUGUA